AUGGGGGCCACAGGAACGGGAAAAUCUAGUCUCUCUGUGUACCUUGCCACUCAUUUUCAAGGAGAAAUAAUCAACUAUGAUAAAAUGCAAGUUUACAAAGGACUUGAAAUUGUUACAAACAAGAUCACACGCACUGAGAAACAAGGUGUAGGACACUAUUUAUUAGGUGAAAUUGAACCAGAUUCAGACUUCACAGCUGAAGAUUUUUGUCUGCAAUUUAUCGUCUAUAUUGAAAAAAUAGUGAAGACUCAAUGUGUUCCAAUUAUUGUUGGAGGUUCAAAUUCGUAUAUUGAAAAAUUUGUGGAAGAUCCUGUGUUCAUGUUCAAAUAUAAGUAUGAUAGUUGCUUUAUUUGGAUUGAUGUUGAGCAAUCAGUCUUGAACAGUAGAUUUUACAUGAGUGUUGAACAAAUGGUCAAAGCAGGGCUAGUGGAUGAGGUGCGACAGAUUUUCAUUCCAGAUGCAGAUUUCACCAAAGAAAUCCGACAGUCCAUCAGUGUCCCUGAAAUGAACAGAUAUUUAAGGGAAGAAACAAAUGUAGACAAAGAUGAUUAA